GAACAUUCCAGAGGAAUCUCUUCAUAGCACUUCACGUCCAAUACCCGUGUGCUAACUCUGUCUAUACCUUAAGACUAAUUGGAUCAGUUCUCGUAGAAUGACCAUAACUUAAUGUUUCUUGUGCCCGUUACAUCGUUCCAAUUUCUGAGUUAUGUGCAUUGGCCUAUGGUUCUAUUCAACAAUUUGAAUACCUACAAACGGGUUCAACUGUAUAUAUUACUCGAAGACGCACUGGACAUGUGUUGACAGACGAAGCUUUGCAACAUCGUACAUCGUUGAAAAUUUGUGAGGAAAGGAAAUAAUGGUUCCCGUGAUGUUCAGGUUUUUGGCUGUCUGUCUGAUGGCACCGCUUGUGAGCAGCCAACGCGCUUCCACCUGGGAUGAGUGUCAGUGUGAAUGGGCCACCUGGAAUCCUUGGUCCAUUUGUGAUUCGCAGUGUUAUGGGAUGCAGCAACGCUCAAGAAGUGUUUCAAUGAUCGACAGUUGUGUAGCUUUUGAGUCCUGUGAUGCAGGAGCAGGGGCCUACGAACAUCAAGACUGCAACACUGUCUGUACAUUUGGUUCUUACGACUCAUCAUCGGGCAGAUGCAAGUGUCCAGGCGGGAGAUAUGGACCGUGCUGCACCGACGCGAUUACGUGUGGGGCUCCUCAGACAAUAGCGAAUGGCGACUACAGCGUGAGCAACAGCUACAACUACGGCAGCCUUGCCACCUAUACUUGUAACCACGGCUACAACAUGACGGGCACCGCAACAAGGACGUGUUCUCAGGACAUCAUUAUAUCUACGGUCGGGUUCUGGACGGGGAUGAAGCCAGACUGUUUGUUCGCUGAGUCCUGUAACAGCAGCCCCUGCCAGAACGAAGGCACGUGUGUGAACGGUCUGGAGAUGUACACGUGUGUAUGUUCCCCUGGAUGGUCAGGGAUCAACUGUGAAACAGACGUACAACCUCCUGUGGUCAGUGGCUGUGAAAACAAGACAGCCCUCAACACAGCUGACCGUGAACUGACCCACGAGUGGACGGUGCCAACCUUCACAGACCCGCUUGGUAACGAAGUCACUACGACAUCCAACUACGUCAGUAGCUCGUACCGCUUCCCCUGGGGCGACUUCUUCGUCCAAUACGUGGCCACCAAGACAAACAAUGGUUUACAGACGGAGUGCAAGUUUCAACUCAACGUCCGACCCUAUCCCUGUGACGAGCUACCUGUCCCCAAGUUUGGAUACGUGGCCUGCAACGGUUGGCGGACUGACUUUGGACAGUAUUGUUUGAUUGGCUGCAGAGCUAACUACACCCUACCACGUGAUAUCAAUGAGGACCGCUGGUAUGUGUGUGGCGCCAGUGGAGCGUGGUCAUCCAAUCCAGGAACGUUUCAGUGUGAAGACGCAACCGAUCUGCAGAGCAUUUCCGGUGGCAUCCUCGGCAGUCCUGACACUUGUGAUGACGUCACAUCCGUACAAGCCUUGUACAUCGAAGAACUCCAGAAAUCAAAUUAUAAUUCUGUUUGUACUAAACACAACGAUCUUUGUCUUACAGAAAAUGUUAGUGUAAGAUGUCAAUGAAGUGAUAUACAAAUGGUUCAGUACAGAGAUUUACACCGUAAAUGCAUAUGCAUUUCACAAUAAACCUAAAAACGCCAA